AUGAGUACCGUCGACAAGAAGCAAUCUGGUUUAGCAAGAAUCUUGGGUCCUGCCGUCGCAGGUGUGUGUGAAAUCGGGGUGUUCCACCCUGUCGACACCAUCUCCAAGAGAUUGAUGUCCAACACCACCAGAGUUAACAAUUUGGAGAAGUUGAACUCCGUCAUUUUCAAAGACAAGGCUUCCGCUCCAGCAGGUAAGAGAUUCUUGUCUCUUUUCCCUGGUUUAGGUUACGCUGCGUGCUACAAGAUUCUGCAGAGAAUCUACAAGUACGGUGGUCAACCAUUUGCCAACGAGUUCUUGACCUCCAACUUCAAGAAGUCCUACGACGACCUCUUUGGUCCUAAGACCGGUAAGGCGUUGCUUUCUGCCACUGCGGGUUCCCUUAUCGGUAUCGGUGAAGUCGUCUUGCUUCCUUUGGACGUCUUGAAGAUCAAGAGACAGACCAACCCUGAGGCCUUCAAGGGUAGAGGUUUCUUCAAGAUCUUAAAGGACGAAGGUUUCUCUCUUUACAACGGUGCUGGCUGGACAGCUGCCAGAAAUGCUCCAGGUUCUUUUGCUUUGUUCGGUGGUUCUGCCUUUGCCAAGGAGUUCAUUUUUGGUUUGACUGACUACUCCUCUGCCUCUUGGUACCAGAACUUCGUUGCCUCGAUCUGUGGUGCUUCUGCUUCGUUGAUUGUCUCUGCUCCUUUGGACGUCAUCAAGACCAGAAUUCAGAACAAGAACUUCGACGCCAACGAGUCCGGGUUUACCAUCCUCAAAAACAUGCUUAAGAACGAAGGCCCAACUGCCUUCUUCAAGGGGUUAAUUCCAAAGUUGUUGACCACUGGUCCUAAGUUGGUCUUUUCCUUUGCUCUUGCUCAAUCCUUGAUUCCAGCAUUCGACAGAAUGUUGAAAUAA